AGUAGCAGGAAGCUCCGAGUCGGACAUGAAAUAUAAAGCGCAACUAGGAAACCUCGACUGCCAAUCUGGCUUUGACGCGACAACUUUUGACAUGUGUUUCGAUGAAAUAUAAGAGCAAGGCAGACUUGGGGAAGUCUCCCGCAAGUGGCCCUGCAGGUUCUUCAUCGGAUUUGCAGUUUGACUCGUUGCCGACGUGCUGCGGAUACGCAGCAUACGCUUCAAGUUGGGCGACGUGGGUACAACGUCGCAUGCGUGUUACGUUGUUUCAACGUAAACCAAAAUACUACUGAUUCAAUUCGAAGAUAUCGAAACGGGCUGGUCUAAACUCCCAUGUCAAGCAUUCAAGAUGUAUCGCCGGCCAAGUUGCCCUCUGAGCGCGCCCCGCUCCUUCCAGAGCGGCAGGACGCAUCAAGCAGUAGACGCCAAUUUUCCCCAUUGACACUUCUAAUUCCGCUAGCGGUCGCGACACGACUUACUUCAACACUUCCCACGACGACAUUAUUGGGGGUUAUCCAAUCAGUCAUCUGUCGAUUGUGGCUUAUUUCAAAUGGCAACUUGCCACCUGGCGGAGAGAUAUCUGAGGAACUAUGCGCAGUUCCAGAGGUGGAUAAAACAUACGCCACAGUCAUUUCAGCCAUUUUAAUUAGUCAAGGGCUUGGAGCCAUGGUCGCAUGCAGUGUGGUUAACCAUAUUAGCUCCAGACUCGGAAGAAAACCAGUUAUCCUUGGCACAGUUGCCAUUAGCUUUUUGGGAUAUUCUCUUAUGGUCUGCUCCAAGUACCUGUCUGAAUGGCUAGAAGCAAGUGUUCUGAUCGUCUCUCUAUUACUGCAAAUGUUCAGUGGUACGCUGACUAUGACGUUUAUCGUGAACGUCUACACCGUUGAUAUCACCGGUGCUGAGGACAGAACACCCAUUUUGAGUGCCAUUAAUGGAUGGGCUGUGCUAGGCCAAACAGUCUCCUUUGCUAUCGGUGGAUUUGUCACCACCAAGACCAAUGAUCCGCUAAUUGUGUAUUACAUCUCCAUUUUCCUCCUCGGGGCAAUAUUCGUCUACGUCUUAGCUUUCCUCCCCGAAUCGUUUCCUGAAGAGAAACGCGAUGAACUGCGUCGCCAGCGCUCCGCUCAGCAAGCAAGUGCUCAUCAAAAAUUAUCGAGCCGCCUCAUAUCUACGAUAGCCAUUGCGUUCGAACCUUUGAAACAACUUGUUCCUGCCCGCAAGGCAGGUGGCAGUCAGAACUUACGAGUAUUGUGUUGUGCAAUUCAUAUCAUGAUCACGACGCUUGCGGACGUGUAUACGCCGGCAGCCCUUUUAAUGUUGUACAUAACAAAAUACAACUACAGUCCUGCUCAGACCGGAAUCGUGUUAACAACACUGAGCUUGAGCGCUGUAUUCUCUCUUACAUACGCGAUACCCUCGCUGAUUCGCGUAUUGCGUCCGAUUUACGCCAGGGAGGUUACUCUCCCUGAAGACCAACAGGACCCUAGCGAUGACACUGCCCUAUCUAUGUCGACAGACCUUCUCGAUAUCCAUAUCGUUUUCGUCUCCUUGUUCAUCAAUGCUGUCGCCUAUAUAAUGGCGUCUGCAACAACGACUCAUGUUUCACAUCUCAUAGCCGUGGCCGCUGUCGGGCUCGGCGGAGCACAUGGUCCCAUCGUUCGAAGUCUCGUUGUGUCAUCAGUCGACCCCUUAAAACAAGGAGAGGUACUAGCUGCUAUCGAAAUGAUGUCAAGCAUUGGAGCCUUCCUCUCUCCUCUUGUCAUGGGCGGCAUUUUUACUGCCACAAUCUCAAGUCAACCGAUGCUGGUGUUCUAUACCCAUGGGGCGGUCGUGAUCGCGGCUGCGUCGCUACUCUUUCUCAUCAGAGACUCCGACCGCUAUCAGAAGCUACCGACAACACGACACUAAUAUUAUUACAACUGCCAACGCUUUUACCGUAGACUAGACAUUUCCUUACAGGGUACUUGGUACACCACAAUGGACAUGAAUCGGAACUAAAAAGAUUGCUGUGAUUUUUCAA